AUGCUUUUUAGAGGACCGAUAGGACGGGCGUGUGUGCGGCCAGUUUUCAAGCCCGCCGCGGCGGUCAGAGGGUUCCAGUCCGUGUACCAUGUGGAGACCCCGACUAUAGACGAGUCUAAACUUGAAAACCAGAUUUUGGGCCGCGCAUACACCAAGUUUGUCCCCGAGCACGGCUUCACGAGGCAGUCUGUGGACCUGGCCAUUGCCGAUUUGCAAUUGAGGCCAGAGAAUCUUGGCGGGCUGUUUGGAAUAGGACUACAGGUCUCUGACGUGGUCAACGAGCUGAUAAUGUACCAUCUAAAGCACACUAGAGCCAAUUUGAGCAAGUACCACGACGAGGCCGGCAAACUGGCCACCGAGGGAGCGAAAGUGCGGUUCUACAUGCAGAAGAGGCUGCUGGACAACGUGCCGAUCAUCAAGUAUUACCACCAGGCGCUCGGGCGCAUGAUUUUGCCGACAAAUCUGGGCACCUUCCUGACAGAGCUACACGAUCUUUCGGACGACAUCACCUACUACUCUGGCGACCAAUCGAACGACUUUGCGUGGUACUCGAAGCGGUUUGCUCUAUCGGGCGCUUUUGUACAAUCAGAGCUGUUUAUGCUUGGCGACACCACGCCAGACUAUUCCGCUACCAUCAGUUUCAUGAACGAUAGAGUCUCCGACAUCGACACCCUUGGGUAUGCGUACAAUUCGGUGGAGGAGUGGGCGAUUUUCAACGGGAUCAGUCUUGUCAACCUAAUCAAGAGUCAGCUUGCGCGGGGAUGA